UCCAGAUAGCGCGCUGUUAGUACACCCACGACUUUCGGAUGUAUUCCAAUGCAAAUAUCUUGGCGGAGCUAUCGUACAAUUGUGCAGAUGUGCGAUAGCAUGCAAGAGUGUUUAGUCGUCUCUCUUCCAACUUAUUAUCUUCAUUCAAUAAGUUGACAGAUAGUGCAGUCAAACGAGUGUCGUUCUUUGAAUGACUUGUCCUGCAGUCGUUAGGUACGUCCAGCACUUUGUCAGUCUUGUAUCAGUUCUCAAAUCAGAUCCAUACUUGAGCUCAAGACCUGUCAUCCUCAAAGCGCGUCCCCCGGAACUCUGGAGUGGACAGAUAUUAGAGGGACAUAUAACUUGUUAUACACCGCUCUAUGUCAUUUAUUAUCUUUUGUCAAAAACAAGCGACACAAUGGAUUUCUCGUUCUGCCGCCUAAUAUGUCUAGUGAUUGCAAUCACUAUGUUCAAUCAAAGGGUAGAUUCCAACAAGAUUCUUGGGCUGAAGAUCCCCAAUAUCGACCCCAUUCUCAAUGCUAACACCGUGUGCUUGACCCUGCCUGGACUGAACCACAGACAACUGGAGGUGUGCAUGAGAAACCCUGACGUCACCGCCUCGGCCAUCCAAGGCAUCCAGAUCGCCAUCCAUGAGUGCCAGCACCAGUUCAGAGGACACAGGUGGAACUGCUCCAGCCUGGAGACCAGGAACAAGAUCCCAUACGAUAGUGUGGUUUUCAAACGAGGUUUCCGAGAGAGCGCCUUUGCAUACGCCAUCGCGGCAGCGGGCGUGGUCCACGCCGUGUCCAAUGCCUGCUCCAUGGGGAAGCUGAAGGCGUGCGGCUGCGACGAGAAGCGGAGAGGCGAUGAGGAGGCUUUCCGCAUCAAACUGAACCGGUUGCAGCUGGAGGCCAUCCACCGGGGGAAGGGCAUGGUGCACGGAGUCAUGGAGCACUUCCCUGCAGACCUGCCCGGGCCUCAGGACUCCUGGGAGUGGGGAGGCUGCAGCCCGGACGUGGACUUUGGGGAGAAGUUCUCCAGGGACUUCCUGGACUCGCGCGAGACAUACAAGGACAUCCAUGCCAGGAUGAGGCUCCACAACAACAGAGUUGGCAGGCAGGUGGUGAUGAACCACAUGAGACGGAAAUGCAAAUGCCACGGGACAUCAGGAAGCUGCCAGCUGAAGACCUGCUGGCAAGUCACACCUGAGUUCAGGGUGGUAGGCUCGCUGCUCAAGGAGCGUUUCCACAUCGCCACCCUCAUCAAAGCGCACAACAGGAACACGGGCCAGCUGGAGCACGCCCACCACCCCACACACAGACGGCUCAACGAGCUGGUCUACUUUGAGAAGUCCCCGGACUUCUGCGAGAGGGAUCUGCGGUCCGACUCGGCCGGAACGCAAGGGAGGAUCUGUAACAAGACGAGUCACGAAAUGGACAACUGUGAAAGCCUCUGCUGCGGGCGAGGCCGUAACAUUUUACAGCAGACCCGCAGUGAACGAUGCAACUGCAAGUUCCACUGGUGCUGUUACGUGGUCUGCGAAGAGUGUCGAAUAACAGAGUGGGUCAGUGUCUGCAAAUGAAGAAAUGCCGAAAUGUAAUCUACCUUUUUUUUUUUUUUUUAUUAACAGAGAAAGACUGCAAUACACCCCUUCCCUUUGCAAUGGACUGCCAUUUCCAUUAAUAGAAUGGAUCGCACGAAAACAAGACUGGAAUAUAGCCAGUUCAAAGAGGUGCACAACCAAGGUGUGCACAGCAUGUGUCCAACCGCCACAGUUCCGAGACUCUGGAUCUGCACUGCCUUUCAUCUCGGAAAGUGUUUUUAGGAUACAUUAGAUGAAAGAUAGUGAGAUACUAUGGAUGGUAUUGAUAACUGAGCACUCAUUUAUUUAAUCAAGGCUUCCUGAAAAUGACAAAUGUUGGAUUUUGUUAUCUCUAGACUAAAACAACUGCAUGGGAUCCCGGUAAUUUAAGAAGAAGAAGACAAGCAGCAGUUGGGGAAAAGCUAGAGAUUGUUCCAGAAUGUUACAUCUACUCUUGCUAUACUCAGAGCGACAGGUUAACCAUGUCAACUCAUUUCGAAUGUUUUGUAAUGUUUCAGGUUACAAAAUGUGGCAAUUCUGAUGAUGUCACUCUGCAAAAUGGCUACCUUGUCCCUCACAACAUUACAUUUGUCCAUACUGGCAACACCAACAAAACAGGAAAUGUGGACUAGAGUGUUGACUGUUGCGGGUGUUCUCUUGCAAGGAUGGAGUUGGGAAGACAAGAGGAUCAGAUGAUCAAGCGAUAGAGACAUGAAUAGUUACAGUACACAGAACGGACAUGGGAAACAGCCCGAGGGCAAAUGGUGGAGCUGAUUCAUGUCUGGAAGGCUGAAACGAUGAAAAGACUGGGCCCUUUGGUUGGUCUAUGCAAAAUCGGGUCAUCUAUAGCCCUGCCUUCACACGACUAAAUGUUGACAUGUAGUCGAUGUUAUAAAGCACUACCGUUAUCUCAUAGGUUUGACUCAAUGGACAGUUAGAAAUUGACUGGGUUGUGGUGGUGGUCCAAAAUAGGGGAGGGGUGUUUAUCUAUUGGGCACAGGGGUGGGUAUAGUGCGUUUAUUCUCUGGUUUACAUUCGCCAUUUUGCAGAUAUUAAUAUAUGAUUUCUUCCAUCCUAGCCAAAUGUCAUCAUCUGCUUGUGCUUCCCCUAUCAAGGUGUUUUGGUACUUCCCUGAUGCACUGCGCUUUUCCGCACGUUAAUUACACCACAGGUCAAUAUAGUCUACCAGUCUAACUGUCUAUACUGCUAUCUAUCCACCAUUCAUAGUGACAAUAGUGGUAGGUGGAUCCUUUGCAGGUUGACGUAUAUGGUCUUGUCCUGAAGGCAGAAGUGGGUGAUGUCCCCUUAGAUUGGCCAGCUGGCAAAGUCAAAAUGGGCUAUAUUGUAAAAAUGUAUGAAAAGAAAAUGCUUUUUGGUCUUCAUUUUAGGUUAGAGUUAGGUAUUAGGGUUAGCAGUGUAGUUAAGGUUAGGGUUAAGUUUUGGUUAGGUUAGGCUCUGCUAGUGCAGAGCUAAGUCCAGAACAAGAUUCAUGACAGAAAAUGUUAACCUGCGGAUCAUUUAUCCAGAUCUGAUACAUGCUAAGUCGCAAUCACACCACACAUAAAAUCAUUCAAAUCGGCACCAAUUUUCAAUAUAAGCGGAGAUGCCAAGUGCAUGAAAGAACAGUGAAGACAUGAGACACGCAACUCUAAAAGCUCCCUCAUUUAUCUUUUUUUGGGACAAUACAAUUAUCCUACCUAAACUAGCCUACAACACCACCAUUUCAAGUGAGUACAAAAUCCAUGCUCUAGGCUUUAAACUGCAAUGAAAAUGUAACUUGAAAAGGCCUUGUUAUCUGAACAUUUCAUUCCAUUAAUUCCAUUUGGAUCAUUUGUUGGUUUACUCUCGAUGCGCUGUCUGUUGCAUAUCAUCAUUCUCCCAAGUUGUCUUAUUAUAUUGGGGCCACAUAUCCUCCCAGCAGGCCCGGUUAUUCAGGAAAGCUGAAAAGGAUACUUCGGGAUAGACUUCCAGUCAUUGUGCUAACGCUAGUUAGCUUUGGCUCGCAAAACUACCUUUAACUUCCUUCAAACUGGACACAGAGACAUACAAGUGGUUCCUCUGACUCUGGGGAAGUAUAUAAAGGGCCUCAUUGUCAAAAUCCCAAUGUGUCCCUUUAACACGGCUCUGCCUUCUCUCCGAUCUGAGCGACUAUUCCUCGCGCACCUAGAACUUAACGCUUCAAUAUAGCCGAAAUAUUUGUCAUUUCACUGUUAAAAUGUAUUACCUUUUAUGUGUGGCGUAAACACAACCGGUCACAAUGUUUUAAUCCGGUUAGGCUACUUCAAAAAGCCUCCUUUAGGCUACUUUCGGCCAAGAGCGUCUGCUAAAUGACUUAAAUGUAAAUGUAAUGUAAAUGUAAAAUAUAAUUCCAGCAUCCAAACUGCAGAUUGUGGUGUUAAAAUUGCAAACCAAGAAGUUGGUCUACUUUGCUUAUUGGUUGUGGUGCAUUGGUACAAAAACCUGUUUGUGAAAAACAUGUUUU